AUGGUCGAACCACCAGUCAAAUGCACAAACCUCGGCUGCAAUCAAUCAUAUCUGGCAAGCGAAAAUAAUGACACAGCUUGCCACUAUCAUUUAGGCCCAGUUAUUUUCCACGAUAUAAAAAAAGGCUAUUCAUGCUGCAAUAGAGUUGUUUAUGACUGGGACGAAUUUCAACAAAUUAGAGGUUGCCAAGUCGGAGCGCACUCAGACCAGAAAAAAGACACAAAUUUCUAUAAAUCAAAUACGGUAAGCAAUGCAGAGCGAGCAAUUCAAAAGAGAAGAAGCUGUUUAAGUUAUUAGACUUAUAGAGGAGUUCAUUGUAAACACGACUUACAAAGGAUACUCCUACCGGCAAGGGGCUUACACUUGCUCCCCUGGUAGAUGGUGAGUUUUGCCACCGUGCCGCACGUCAAAAAAGGUUGUCUUAUAUGAAAAAAAUUCAAAAAUGUCGAAUUUUCUGGUUAAAUCUUGGCCAAAAUGGAAAGCCAAAGCCAGGGAAACAGCCCUCAUUGGUCAUGAGGAAUAUCACUGGCAAGGCUUGGAGGUCUCUUUCUAGCUCUCAGCUUUAUUCUCCUCUGAAGCAAAAAACUUGGCAUUAGAGUAAAGCACGCGGUCAGCUAACCCGACAUUGCGCUUCAUCAAACCAAGAAAAAUCUGGCCAAAUAUACAUUUCCGAACUCCAUUGUUCCUUCCUCAAGGUCCCUGCGCACCUUGUGGGAUGCCAACUACAGAAUUUAAGAGUGUGGUUCGCCAUGCCAUUUUAAUGUAUAGAAAUUGCCCGAUGAUGGUGCUCAAUGCGCCAUCAUCGGGCAAUGUCUUUUCAGGGUCCACGCUGGAAACGGGUUCCACGUGUGGAGCCCUUUUUAACAUGUGGAGAAUCCUCACUUCCACGCGUCAAAAAGGGUUCCACACGUGGAAUCCAUUUCAUGUGUGGACCCUUAAAAGGCGAUGCCCGAUGAUGGCGCAUUAAGCGCCAUCAUCGGGCAAUCAGUAUAUAUCAAAGAGAAGAAACCAAUAAAGUAAGAUCAAUUGAAGAUUUUGAAAAAGAAAUGGAAGAAAAAAGGAGAAAAGAAGCGGAAAAUAAGAAAACACAAGAAAAAAUGCCUGUUAUGAAAGAUGGGCUUUACGUCUGUGCCAAUUUUGGGUGCAAUAAAAAUUUUAGCUUACUUCCAAUCAAAGCCUAAAUAUUUUUCAAAAACAUAAAAAAAAUUAUUUUUUAAAAAUAAAUUAUAAAUAAUGAUGAUAAUAAUAAUAAUAAAUCAGUUUAAUCACGCCCGAGGCGUCUUAAUUUUUUUCUUUUACUAAUUAUCUUGAUAAAUUUUUUAAUAUGGAGAUCAAUUUCAUCUAUUUGACAUCUACUUAAUUUUUGUUUUCAUUUUUCCUAUAAAUAAUGAUAAAGCAUUAGGAGGUUAGAAGAAAAUAUUGAAGGAAGCUGCCAUUAUCAUUCAAGUGGCCCUGGAUUUCACGAUGUAAAAAAGUUUUGGACUUGCUGCAACGCGGAAGCAUGGGACUGGGACGAUUUUAUGAAGCUUCCAACUUGCUCAAUUGGAGUUCACAAAGUUAAGUAUAAGUAA